AUGACAGAUGGACGAAGUAAUAACAAAUAUCUUGUGACAAUGAAGAAAUGUAACAGAAAUAAUCAGAGACAAUUAUGGAAAUGUGUAGGUGAGAGGAUCAAGCAGACACAGUCAGGCAGAUACAUGUACAUGUACAAGUACUACGGAGAACAUUACGGACAUGUUAGAACAAGAAAAUAUUGGCGUUAUGCAUCAAAAUGGACGCAUUUUGGUUCCAAAAAAGAUGUCUGUUCACAAGGUAGUCAGAUUCUGAAACUUUUCAUCAAAAAAUACAUUAAUAAAAUUCCUCUUCAUGAGAUAAGCUAACAGCAGUUUUUCUAGUGCAAUGUCUAGCUCAACUUACAUACAGUCUCAACGUUAAGAGAUUAGCAGAACUAUAACAAAGGGCCUUCACUCGAAACAUCGAAGUUUUACUUGUAUUUUUCAAAAACUAAAGUUGAAUCUCUAAAUAUCCAUCUCAAAAUACACUUAGUGAUUGAAUUUAUGAUUGGAACAACUGGAACCUUUAUUCCAGCUAAAUUUACUGGAGGCUUUAGCAAUAAAAGGAGGCUUUAUUCCGGUCUCAUUUCCCGCCUAAAAUAUAGGUCCAUCAAAUUAUAGAACCCUUGUCUUCGUUUAUCUGAACCACGAGAGUUAAGGUAACUCAUAGUGCAACACUUUAAUUCCCUUGCAAACUUUCACCGACUAUCGAGUUUUAUAAAAACAACUUGACAAAAAAUUCCACGUACCUUGACACGCUAUUUCUUCUUCUUAGCUGUAGGAUGCGAUACAUUCGUAGAUGGUUCACAUCUCCUCAUCCUUGAUAAAACAAAAUGUGAAGAACAGUCGGAAUGUUUGGGAGAGAAAAAAAUCAAAUUGAGCAACACGAAAUGUUUCCUCUUACCAAAUAAAACUCAAUAUUUACACAAUGAUACAUGGAAAGCAUUGGAAAUACAGAAUGACAGUUUCGAAAUUACAGUGGACAAAGAAUCCCUCCCAAAUCCCGUUUGUUAUUUACAGUGGGAUUUGAGUAAAACUCCAGAAAGCUGGGGAGGACUAAUGGUUAAGGUACUAUUCGAGUGUGAGGAUUCAAGUGCUGCAACAAUUCGUAAAACUGAACACUGCGUCGUAAUUAAAUACACCGGAACUUUUAAAGGUAAGCAUCAUUCUACAAAAUUUUCCAUAUGAAAGUAUGUAGUCUGCUCACGACUAUAUUGAAUAGCAUUAUCGGCAGUUCUGUCUAAAUAGGUGUUCUCUUACGAUCGUCCAAUGAUUACUAGAGGGGCAAACUGGACUAUAUGGAAAAACAUAUGCUAUCUGGAAAAUAAAAACAAUAAAAAACAUAUAUAGUACCAGGUAUUGAAAACAUAUGGUAACAAAAUGAAAACAUAUGGUAUCUGGUAUUGUAUCAAACUGAAACGAUUCCCUACCCUAUAAUCGAGGUGAUAUUAUUUAAUCACUUAACAGCAUAUUGCAGCAAUGAACCCCAGGUUAUACAUGUGAAACUGCCUUGUACAAAACAUAUAGCUCCGUUUUAGAUAGCUCCCUUCUGAGGGAAUAUAGACGUAAUUACUUUGAAUAUAAUGUACCUAAUCCAACAGGUUUCCACGAUGAUGGUGACGAUGACGACGAUGGUGAUGAUAAUGAUAAUGAUGGUGACGACAAUGAUGGUGAUAAUAAUGAUGGUAAUGGUGGUGAUAAAACUAACAAAGACAAAACAGAUGCAGAUCAAAAGAACAAUGGUGGUGAUAAAGACAACACUCAAACUAUAAUUAUAAUUGUCUGUGUGUUGGUCGUCCUGCUUUUAUCUGGUCUCGUAGUGUUCGUUAUAUACAAAUAUAGAAACAGGUAAGCUAUCUGACCAGUUGCAUAUAGUUCUGCAUGGUCAUAGUAUUAGUUUUGUACAUUCAUCCUUUCUAGGAAACUUUCUUACACACCACACCAUACCAGUAUACCACACUACACAAAUACACUGUUACACUGAGAUUGUCGAUUUUCCCAAUAGUAAAAAAAUAUUGGACAAGUAAACCAUGCCUGAGCCAAUGGAAAAUCAACCCAAUUAGCGUUAAUAAAAUUCCAAAGCUGCAGAUUUAGUAGAAACUAUAUUUCAAACUUUUUGUUCUUCGUAAGGCUUGUCUGCUAUGGUAGAAGGAACACCGAAAGACAAGGUAUAGUUUUUCAUUCGUUUCUAUCAAGUUUUUAAAAAUUCUCAUUGUUUGCAAGAUACGUUGUUUAACUAGCCAUAAAACUUUGACGGACAACUUUUAAGUGAAAUGUUUGGAUCACUUGUUGAAAUGGUUUAAAUGCGCAUGCAAUGUACCGAUAUGUACUCCACCAAUAUUUAAUGUCAUCCAUUUUUACAACCACAGAUGCGGCACCCAAACAAGAAUAUGCAGACGCUAUGAACCCACUCUAUCCAGCAAAUAACAACUAUUCGGGGCAAAGAGAAUGUGAACUUUACGAAUCAACUCCCGACCAUGUCUACCAGUACGUGGACACUGACCACAAAACCACGGUUCCACCACCUCAAAAUCUUACGUAUGACUACGCUGUCGUUGAUGGUCCAUUGACCAAAGGUGAGCGAUCGAGUGUGGAACUUGAUGCUACAGGUGGGAAAGGUACACCUUUGCAUGGAUGAUGGACUUAGACUUGAUAAAGAGGAGCAGAUUGAGAAAAGAAGGAUAUAAUUCAAUACAGUAUCAAAACGCCACUAGACAUACUUAUACUAUGUUCUUGAAGAACCAUAAAUAUUUAUUACAAAGAGUAAAGGCUGUUUUAACCUCAGAACUUUUGAAGUUCUCUGAUGUCCCAUAAUUCUUAAUCCUUAAUCCAUAGCAUAACACGGACAGUGCAUUCAUUCAUUCACAAUUGCUGCAACUUAUAACAAAUUAAACUAAUUUCAACGGUUAUUAACCGAGAAUUUUCACUACAUAAUUUCACCAAUUGUUAGAAAUAUUUCUUUCCCUUUAACUCAAUUUAUUUGCACGUUAUAUUUUAAAUAAUUAUUUUCACGUAUUUUAGUUGUGCGUUAUAAUUUACUGAUGGAAACAGCUUUGUAAAUAUUUUGUAAGAACAUUUUGGAAGAAAUGAAUGUUUAAUCCAUGUUUGUAAACAGGAUAAAGAUUCGUCCUGAUUUACAUAAACUUCAGCUUUGAUUUUCUCGGCUUAGACAAUGUUUAUUUUUAAAUUUACUUCGCCAUGCAAUGAACUCAUAAGAUGGGUCGCAUCCGAUCUGUAUCUGAUAAUAUACAAACUCUCGCCUUCGGCUCGAGUUUGCAUGUAUAUCAGAUACAGAUCGGCUGCUCAUGUUUUAUCUAGUAUACAUUGGGCUACAUGUUAUAGAUUCUCCUAUUAAAAGCGUCUGUAUAGUUUUGCGAUAUUUUGACCAAAAUCGGUAUAUAUAUAUUCUUGGUAUCACGGGGUUGCCUAUGGCUAUGGGGAGCAAACAUUCAGCAUCGCGGCAAACACCCAGUUUUGUAAAAUGUUUUAACCGCGUGUAUUCGUAUCGAGCUUUCCUCAUUAUGUUUAUAGUAAGGCUUGUGAAAUAACUCACGUGUGAUGGCAUCUUUACUUCAAUGAUACAAACCAGGUGAUCUUGAUACGCGGAAAAGUACUGGCACUAGUUGUCAAAUAGAAAUCCAUUUUAUGAUUAAAACAACUGAAUAUCUCCUGUAAUAUACUUUACUUCAAUUCCAUAUUUUUGUCAGAGCUAUAGUUCUCAUAACCAAACAUAAUUACAAAAUUUCAACUAGUUUCAUAAAGAAUAACAAAAGAUAUAAUUGACUGAAUGCAUCAAAAUGGAUUUCUAUUCGGAUAACCCUUUCUGAGUGCUGAUUGGCUAAAAUACAAACACGAGAUCACCUGGAAGACAAUAGUUUUGUAAUUGAUUCCCAUAGGUGGAGAAAAUGCGAUUUUUGACCAGCAAUUUUUAAUCCGAUCAUAUUUGGCUAAACUUUGUUUGCAAGUGUACAAAAAAGGUAUCAUUUGACAGCUAAUACCGCAUCUUUAUGGUGACGCAUCAGAACAUGCUAUAAAUGUUGGAUUACAUUUUUGACACCCGCUGUAUUGAUGUAUUUGUUAAAGGAGGUUGGCAGUAAAAAUUCAGUUUGUGCUAUUUUAAAAUAACCAAUCGAAACUAACCAAAAACUUGCUCUUGGUUGCAAUUUUAAAUUUCGAAUUGAAUAGAAGCAUUUUAAACAACUUUUGAUCUUUACUCGGUCACUUAGAGGAAAUGUUAUAAGGCUAUCCUCAUGCUUGACGUCAUCAAAACCAUAGUCAAUGAGGUUAAGAAUCAAUCCAAGAUGGCGGAAAGCUCAUUGCCUUCAGUCAAAAAUUAGACAUGAGAACUCUGCAACAAAACUUAAUACAUAAUUUUCAACGUUCUUUUAAAUGAGACGAACUAAAUUUGUGCUAAAGUGCCAUUAUUAACCCCAACUAUAAUUUUUAAUUGCGUAAUGUUCGGACAGGGCCGUCGCGAAUAGACUAGACAGGGGGGUGUAGUAUCGCAUUUGCCGACAACAUCUCAGUCGCUAAUUAAUAUUUCUUUUCUCAAUUUUCCGGACAUACCAUUUUUCACUAACUUUCGUCUCUAUGUACCAUAAUUUGUUAAAUUUUUCGGCAAUGUUUUCGUAAAUUUAUCAUAAUUUUUGCUACAACUACAGGAGUUUCAGAAUGAUUUGAAGUAGGCGGUUGUACCAAAAAAGUAGCCGGCUGUGACUGAUAGUUAAAAAAUCUUGCGUGGAGGGGGGGUACCCUCGCAUGGAAAUUUAAAAAAUUUUCGCCACAAAUUAACAAUCAAAUAAUAUAGAAUAAGUAAAAAGACAAAGUACAACUGUUAGCAUGUUAGAUUUAGAUGUCAUUUGCAUUUUACUUGUAAGUGACAAUGUACUUUAAUGUGCUACUAGUAGUUUAAUUUUUAGAGCUGCAUGAACAGAAUGACAAUGUACACUACAGUAAUAGUAUUAAUUUAUGAGUCCGAAAUCAUUAAUCAAAUGAUGUUAUACUUAUGUACGUAAUGAACUUCACUUCAUCCCUUCUUUCUUUUGCUAUGUUUGGUACUGGUAAUUUAUCUUAUUGAUCUUCCGAAAUAAGUGAUGUUUUGCUUGAAUUCAGGGCUUGAAUUUUAUGGCACUUAUACCGUAGAGGGAGAACAAAAUUUUUUGCCGUAUUGUAUAAUUUUUAAACUGUUCACUGUGCAUUACUAUUUUGAUACUUGAAUUCAGAUGUUGAUCAAAUCAUCCGUAAAUUACUAUUUUAGUCUCAGUUUUCUUCGAAAAAAAACCACUAAAGAAAUACGUAAACAUGUUUCUAGCUUGUCAGCAAUCCAAAGUAACAAUAAAAUUAAAUUUUUAUUGCAGUAAUUUGAAAAAAUGCCGUGGAAAUUGACAAAAUUGCCGUAGACAGCUGUUAACAUUCUACGGCAAUUUUUAACGCCAUUGCCGUCGAUUGAUUUCAGGGAAAUUUGAGGCCAACUUGAAUUCCAAUUGUACCUUUGUAUAUAAAAUUUUUCCUGUGACCAGACGAAAAGUAGCCGGCGGUAAAAGUUCAACUCCGCCGGCUUAAUCUGAAACCCCUGCAACUAUUACUUUUUAAUUAAUCCGAGCCAUUCAAAUAUCUUCGCUGACCACGAAAACAAUUUGCCGAUAAAUCCGUUAUUUUUCCGAAAAGAUGUUUUCAGGGGUGUCAACCACCCCCCUCCCCCUCCCUAUAGCGACGGCCUUGUGUUCGGAUCAUUUUAACGAGAAGAAGUAUACUAUAUAUCUUUGUUGGAAAACGAAUUUUCAUUAUCAAUUAGGUUGCCGGUUACGAUAUCAUAAGAAGUUUAGAACGAUUUUUGUUGCAACUGAGAACAAAGGCGAACAAUGAACGCAAAUUGUAUACCAACUAUAAUACUAUUUUUAAAAAAACUGCGGUUGCCAUAGAGUAUUUUAAAACACAAACCAAUAGACACUCCGAAAACUGUCAAAAUUUUCAUUCUUUACGUUUCGACUAUAAUAUAAGUAUGGACGAAAUGUAAAUUAUAGUCGAAAGGUGAAGAAUGAAAAUGUUCACAAAAUGUUCGGAGUGCCUAUUGUUUUGUGUUUUAUUAUAUAUAAUAUAAUACUAUUACGAAUAAUAAGAUGACAGGAUGUGUACAAAAUGUGUACAAAAUGUCUUUGUAACUAUACUCUCAUCGCUCUUUCAAAUCGGACAUUAUUUACGUUGCCGCUUCCUUCAAUAAAACCAAAUAUUCUCGACAUCUUUGAGGAGUGUAAAUGUUUUGCUUCCGCUUGUUAACAAAGAAUUGCGCAUGUUUCUAAGAGUUCUUCAUUAUUACCAAAUAUAAAUCAUGUGAUAACAUUGCACGACAUAAAUAUUAAACCUUGUUUAAACUAAAAGUAUUAAGAUAUCCACAAUGCCUAUGUCAAUGUCAGAAGCGACUAUUUACUUCAUUCUGGUGAUAUCGACAUUCUACCAAGUGAAUAGCCAGAAUAUAAGUAUAAUAAGGGGAAAAAAGGAUCUAUUUACGAAUCUAGCUGGCUGUGAACCUACAAAAGCUGUGUGUUUCGACGAGAACUGCACAUAUUGUCAAUGUGAAAGGGACAAGGAAACUUUCAUUCCAACAAGAGGCAAAGAUGGGGAAUGUGUACCAAAUGAAUACUUGGCUUAUGUGACAUGUAAGUGACAUGGUAGGCUACGAACAUAUAGGUAGACUAGUAGUCAUGAAAUACUUUUUUUCAACAUCAAUAUACAACUUGCAUGUUAGAGUAAUUUUUGAUCUAGGCAAAAAAAGUAAAUUCCCGUAAAGAAUUAUUUUAAAUUAGUAAAAUUGCAAAACCCAGUUACGAAAUAUAUCCUUGCGAAGUUCGCCUAUUUUGUAUAGCUAUAUGUUUGUAUUACAUGUCUGGAAAUUGUUGCCAUUUUUGAGCCGAAAAUGGUAACAAUUUCCGCACGUAAUAUACAAACGUAUACAAAAUUUGGAAACUUUGCAAGGCUAUAUAUUUUCCAAGCUUUACAACAUUUCGCAAACAAAUUUUGCAAUUUUCUAUCAUAUAUAUCAGAGUUGAAUUGGUUUGCUUUGACGCACCGCGAGCCGUAUAUAGCAUAAAGCCUUAUAUGAAUAAUAUAAUUAGAUAAGAAAUCAAGAAAUCUACCAAAAUCUUUCUUAAAGAUGAACGAAAUAGGCAUGCACUCAUGCAUUGUUGGAAAACUGACUCAACUUUGUAAAAUAAGUUAAAGAUAAAAAUCGAGAACCAGGGCUGUAUGCAUGCUUUGACUUUGUUAUAUAAUAUUCAACAAAAUUAGGCAAUAUGCUAUUUUCUGUGUUGGUGUAAUGUACUCAAAUAAAUAAGAUGCUUGUGAUGUUACUCUGAGUGUAACAUCACAAACAUCUCACCUGAGUACAUUACACCAACACAGAAAAUAUCAUGAUUACACUGAUAUCGAAGGAACUAGACUCAGUUCCGAAACAUCACAUACUCGAAACGACCUGACCGCGUAGCUCAGGAGAGACCCUGGGAACGAGGUUGGUAGCUCAGUUGGCAGAGCAUUGGGCUAGUAUUCCAAAGGUCGUAGGUUCGAUUCCUACCGUGGCCAGGCAUAUUUUUCAAGCCUGUCCAGCGUGGAUAUACAUUCAGAGUAACAUCACAAGCAAAAUUAUAUCCAUGCACUAGCUUAUUUAUUUAUUUAUUUAUUUAUUUAUUUAUUUAUUUAUUAACUUUACAACCAAACAUAAAAUAGAUUAAACCACUACAUAAUAUGGUUGAAGGUAUGGUAUAUAUGAUGAACAAAAGUUUUGAAUGUGGGUUUCCAGAGAACGUUGUGAGAAACAAUAAAACUCGAGGGAUCAAAUCACAUGAAAAAUAUAACAAAAGCUUUGCAUGCAGUUUCGCGCGAAGGCCCAGAUAGUUUGAUUUUUACAAUUCCUCAAGUUUAAAAUGAUUAACACUACCUAAUUGCAUCUACAUAUAUCGUCUGGAAACGCGUUACCCCCCCCCCCCCCCCCCCCGCGUGUGCGCGUUGUACGCUUCUGAAAAUAGUGUAAUGAACAAAGCAAUGUAGCAAACAUCUAACUGAAUAUAAAUUUUUCUAAUGUAGCAUAUAAUUCUUCAUUCCUUGUACAAGAUGUGAGCAAAACAUUUUGUUUGGAUUACACCUACGAGAGGUUGGUAAAAUAACCGAUACGGGAUAAAAAGCAUUGCCAAAUACAUCAAUGUGGUGUUGUUUUCUACAAUGCAAAACUGAGAAACCGUACAGAUAUAUAAAAUACAAAAGAACAGUAUAACUCCGUAUAGACAUAUUUUAAGCUUGCUAAGCAGGUCCUGCAAUUUCGUUGCAACGUGCAUGCAUAGCUCUGAUACGAUUCAGUUGACCUUUUUAUCAAUAGCAAGUAGCAACUCCCAUAUUGAAAUCUCAAUGCAUUGGUUCAUCAUUGGAGAUUGAACUUUUUAAUGAACUACAUGAAACUCAUAUAAUGUAAUAAUAUAACAAUAAGAAGUCACAACCCAUUAAUCGGAAUAAUUUUCCGUUUAAUUUUUCGUGAAUUUGACAAUCGCGCUGUUCUCCAUGACAUCCGUGAGUCUCUUAUAACAUUGACAUAUUUGUGAAGAGCCAACAUGGCUUAAUUGUGACAUAAUAAUAUAUCUAACAUGCGCAUAGUUUGGAAAUGUUUCACUUGAAGGAAUAAGGGAAAGGAAUAUAGGAAUACAUAGAGCUAAUUUUGUUUAUGACUCUUCUUGCAGAUAUGUGGGAGGAAAUCCAAAAUGCAACACAAAUGCAAGAUCCCAACGCUGGCUCUGGACUAAAAAUCAACAACUUUUGAACUUGGACGCAUUAGAAUGUGUCACAAACACUUACUAUGCAACACUCGAUAAAUGUAUUGCAAAUAACGUGAAACAAUUGUUGAAAUGUGAGCGUGAGGAUUCUUAUUAUGUUUCCAUUUAUGGACUGAGAAGAAGAAACUUGAAAUGGAAGCGUUAUGGUUCAAAUCAAACUUUAUGCUCAGAAGGUAAUAGUGUUGUACAUGUACAUAUAUAGAUAAUGAUUAUUUGUGUUCAGUUUUUAAAGCUUUCCAAAAACAGGCCGCACCCAAGGUGUGAUAUCUGUACUUAAGGCGGAUUUAUUACUGAAACGGAUAUUCCUCAAAAAGAUGACGCCCUUCUAAGAUAUCUGAUAAGGAUUUCCCUUUUAUUCGAACAACAAUGAAUGACGGAUUCUUUCCGCCUGACUUCGUGUGAACACGUCAUGUCUAGGUCAGGGUAUAUGGCAAGAUUUUGCAUCAUCGCUCAGCUGUCUAGUUUAAUUAAUUCUCCAACGAUCGUAAGCCAAAUUAAGCUAAACUCAGCUAAAGUCAUACCUACGCUAGUAGUGUAAAUAUGACAUACAGCUAUAGUAUAGAAGUUUGUGCAUUUGUUAAUAGAAAAAAAUUCCAAUAUAUAAAGAAUCACUGUAACAACUGUAGUUUGGUUUUCAACGAGAAUGACAGCUCUAUCGCAGCUAUAUACUGACCUUUUCACACCCGUAGAAAUAAUAAGUCAUUAGUAAUUUUUACUGAAAAGAAAGACUGAAAGACCUUUCUAAUAAAGGGUGCCUCUUCGACAGCUAUGGUUGCAAGUACAGAACAACUGCUUCAAGUGAACACCAAAGCAUAUAAUACAUUCUCGAAUUUAAAUGGCAUAUAUGUUUACACCACUGAGCUCAAAAUAUGUCUGGAGUAAGAACUUCAGUCAUGCGGCCUCUGAGAAUAGUGAAGCCAUGCAAGAUGGCGGAAAUUGACGCCCAAAAUCUAUGAAGGCCAUAAACACUUUUCAUGUUAUUUUUCCCAGCUAAUUCCAGUGUUUUCCAACAGAUCGUAUUGCAAAUCAAGUUAUCAGUUCAUAAAACCACAAUAUUAUUAUUUAAAUUUAAGUCAAAAUAUGAAAUUUCGGCACACUCAUCCUAGUCUGUGCUAACCGCGCCGACAAAAACAGUAGACUGGCAUUGAACGUCAAUUUCCGCCAACUUUGACUUCCUUUUUUGGAUGUGAGUUCUUACUCCAGGUAUAUGGAGCUCACUUGUAUACCUCCUUGUGAACCCCAAAAUACAAAUGAAAACUACAACUGAAACUUAGGGACCAAAUAGUAAUCCAAGAUACAACACAGUCGCUCAAGUUGUACAAACAUUGCAAAUGUACCAUCUUACUAACCUUAUUAUUGUCGGGAUAGCAAUACAAAUUCAUCAAGGGUUUCUUUUUGCUUUCGCAGCGGUUGGAUGCGAGACCUUUCAAGAUGAUUCAUCGCUUCUCAUCCUAAAUAAAACAUCAAAAUGUCAAGAGUCUGAAUGUUGGGGAGAAAAAGAAAUCAAUGUUGGCACGUGGAACGUCACAGAAUGUUCUCUCUUGCCAAAUCAAGUACAGUAUCUACACAAAGAUGGAUGGCAACCUUUGUCAAUGGCAACAAACAGUUUGGUUGUAGUGGCAAGCGAAAAUAAAGUGUUGUUAAAGGUACGCUAUGUUUUAUCUCAGACGUAUAUCUCGGGGUCCAAUAAUUGGUAAGAAUCUAAAAUAAGCAGUCGUGGUUUUGGUUCGAACUAAAAAUAAAAAUAAAAAAUUCCUUAAAACGGUUUCAAACAAACCUACGACAGGCUCUCCAACCUGGAUUAUAUUAUUUAUCUUGUAAAAAUCAUCUAUUUUGUACUUAAAGUGGGAUUUGAUCAAGACUCCGAUGAGUUGGAAAGGACUAAUUGUGAAAGUACAAUAUCAAUGUAAAAGUGAUGAAGAAUAUCAGGACAAUAGAGAUGUCCAUUGUGUGCUUAUUAAAUACAGGGGACUUUUCACCG